ACAAAAUAUUCCAGGGGAAAAAGGUUAUUUUGGAGAUGAAAAAUUGAAAAAUUCCAUUCAAGUUCGAAAGAUUUUUUCUAUAUUUAAGUCAUAUUAAAUUAUAAAAAAAUAUUAGAUAUCAAAUUUUAUCGAGUUAAGAUCUUAUAAAACAAUAGAUUAGCAAAAAUAAUAUUUUUUCCUUUGAAUUCUCCUUCUCUACAACAGAAUCAAGACUAUGUUAAGGAAAUUAGCAACUGGAAGCGCUCUAAUAGCUACUGGAGGUGGGCUUAUAUAUAUAAAAAAACGUGAAAAUGUAGCCAGUGCAGCCGAAACUCCAUAUCAUCAUCAACAUCAGGUAUUUAAGAGUCGAAAGGAUCAUAUUCAUGAUCUAAAGACAGGAGAAUAUGAUGUUAUUGUUGUUGGUGGUGGAGUAACGGGAGCUGGUGUUGCAUUAGAUGCUCAAACUCGUGGACUGAAGACUGCUAUUUUAGAAAAAGACGAUUUUUCAUGUGGAACUAGUAGCAGAUCAACAAAGUUGCUACACGGCGGAGUAAGGUAUUUACAAAAGGCAGUUUUUAAUUUGGAUUAUGAACAAUAUCGUAUGGUAAAAGAAGCCUUAGCAGAAAGAGCUAAUCUUAUUAAAAUAGCUCCUCAUUUGGCACAACCACUUCCUAUUAUGUUACCAGUAUACCAAUGGUGGCAACUACCAUACUUUUGGGCAGGCCUGAAGAUGUACGAUCUUGUAGCAGGUUCUCAAAGGUUAAAAAAUUCGUAUUUUAUGUGGAAAAAUCAAGCAAUUGAAAACUUUCCUAUGUUGAAAUCUGACAAACUUGUUGGAGCUUUGGUAUACUACGAUGGUCAGCACGAUGACGCCAGAAUGAAUCUGCAAAUUGUUCUCACGGCAAUGAAGUAUGGAGCAACCAUCCUAAAUCAUGCAUCUGUUAUUAAUCUUUAUAAAGGCGAAAAUGGCAAGCUUAAUGGGGCAAAAAUACGCGAUGAAGAGACAGGAGAAGAAUUUGUUGUAAAAGCGAAAUCUUUCGUUAAUGCCGCAGGGCCAUUUACGGAUUCCAUUAGGAAACUGGACAAUGAAAACAUUAGAGAAAUUUGUCAGCCAUCGCUAGGAGUGCACGUUGUAUUACCAGAUUACUAUUCUCCUGCAAAAAUGGGUCUUCUUGAUCCGGCAACAUCUGACGGACGUGUUAUUUUCUUUCUUCCAUGGCAUGGUACAACUCUUGCCGGUACCACAGAUGCACCUUGCAACCUCACUAGCGAACCUGCUCCUACAGAAGCUGACAUUGAAUUUAUUCUACGUGAAAUCAAAGAAUACCUUUCAGAUGAUAUCAAUGUCAGAAGAGGAGAUGUUCAGGCAGCUUGGGCGGGUAUUAGACCCUUAGUUCUUGAUCCUAAUGCAUCAAGUACUCAGAGCAUAGCCAGAAAUCAUAUUAUUGAAGUUUCCGAAAGCGGUCUGAUAACGAUUGCAGGCGGUAAGUGGACAACUUAUAGGCAUAUGGCCGAGGAGACCGUUGAUAGACUGGUUGAAGUUCACAACUUCUCCUCUGCUAGCAGUUGUCAGACUAGAGGUCUGAUGCUUGACGGCGCUGAUCACUGGACACCAACCUAUUUUAUUCGCUUAAUUCAAGAUUUUGGUCUUGAUCACGAGGUUGCCGUUCACUUGUCUCAUCUGUAUGGUGACAAGGCGUACAAGGUAGCUAGAAUGGCAAGUUUAACAGGAGCCAAAUGGCCAGUUGUGGGGCUUAGAUUGCAUACCCAAUAUCCAUACAUUGAAGCGGAAGUCAGAUAUGCGUGUCGUAGAGAGUACGCCUUAAGUGUAGUUGAUUAUAUUUCGAGACGAUCUCGCUUGGCUUUCAUAAAUGUUCAGGCGGCACGGGAAGCUUUACCAAAAAUCUGUGCAAUAAUGGCCGAAGAACUCGGUUGGAGUAAACAAAGAAUAAAAAUUGAACAUGAAAAUGCUUUGAAAUUUUUGAAACUCCAAAUGGGUUUGGGAAUGAAAGAAAGAUCUUUAAGGAAUAUCCCAAUCAAUUUAUCAUAUGAAGAAAUUAGAGAAAUGCAAAAGAGAUUCAAAUCUAUUGACACAAGCAACAAAGGUUUUAUUACAGUAAAUGAUCUUCGAAGGCACUUUCAUAAAAGAGGAGAGAAAAUUAGUGAAGAACAAUUGCACGAAAUAUUAGAAGAGGUUGAUUGCUCCAACAACGCUCAAAUUGAUCUUUCAGAAUUCUUACAGUUAAUGAGCGCUCUAAGAACUGGAGCAGUAUCGCAAAGCCGUUUCGCAAAAGUAGCAGAAAUUGCCGCAGAGAAAAAACCAAUUCCAGUCAACCGUAGUGGGGGUGGAGUAUAAGUCUCUCUAGAAAACAUUGGAUAAAAGUGAGAUUCGGAUUCUAAAUGGAAUCUAAUUUCAUAUAUACUUGUAUUAAAAAAAUCCACCUAUUGCAAUUAGUUUGUUGAUGACAAACUUUAGAAAAUUUUAAAUGUGUAGUGGACAGCUUCUAUUUUUUGACUUUAAUUGCCAUUUCUUCCCCCUCCCCCUCUCUCUCCCUUGUUUUAAAACAUAUAUUUGUGCAGUUUUUAGCUAAAAAAUAGUAAAUACAGGUUUGUUGUUUGGAGAAAA